UUGGCAUUGUCGUCUCGUUUAGAUCACGUCUUGUUGAUUGAUCUUUUGUCAGUCGAGUACUUAUUGACUGCUACUACAUAUACACCCCAGUCAUGUCCCACACGCUUUCGCAGAAAUAUCUUAGCACGCGGGGUGCUUCGUACGGGCUGUCCUUUGAGGAUGUCGUCUUGAAGGGUCUGGCUUCCGAUGGGGGCCUCUUCAUCCCUGAGGAAAUCCCCUCCCUCCCCGCCAACUGGGAGUCCGAGUGGCGGGAUCUCAGCUUCGAAGACCUCGCUUUCGAGAUCAUGUCCUUAUACGUCUCCUCGUCCGAAAUCCCCUCCGAAGAUCUGAAGGAUAUCAUCAAACGCUCCUAUUCUACUUUCCGUCAUCCGGAGCGCACCCCUCUGGUCGAAUUGGACGCCAAGAAGCACCUGCAUCUGCUUGAGCUGUUCCACGGACCGACCUUUGCCUUCAAGGACGUGGCGCUCCAAUUUCUCGGUAACCUGUUCGAAUACUUCCUCAUCCGCAAGAACGAGGGCAAGGAGGGCAAGGACCGUCAUCACCUCACCGUCAUCGGUGCGACGAGCGGAGACACCGGGUCCGCGGCCAUCUACGGCCUGCGAGGCAAGAAGGAUGUCUCCAUCUUCAUUCUGUUCCCCGACGGGCGCGUGUCGCCCAUCCAACAGGCGCAGAUGACCACCGUCCUCGACCCUAACGUCCACAACCUGACUGUUCAGGGCUCCUUCGACGACUGCCAGGAUAUCGUCAAGGCCCUCUUCGCGGACCCCGAGCUCAACUCCACCCACAACCUCGCCGCCAUCAACUCCAUCAACUGGGCGCGCAUCCUGGCCCAGAUCACCUACUACUUCUACUCGUACUUCUCCCUGACCAAGACCCCCGGCUACAACAAGGAUUCGAAGAUGCGCUUCGUCGUUCCCUCCGGCAACUUCGGCGAUAUCCUCGCGGGCUGGUUCGCCAAGAGCAUGGGUCUCCCCGCCGAGAGACUCGUCAUCGCGACCAACGAGAACGACAUUCUCGACCGUUUCUUCCGCAGCGGCGGUCACUACACCAAGGACAACUCCGGCGCCGCCGCCGUCAAGGAGACCCACAGCCCGGCCAUGGACAUCCUGGUCAGCAGCAACUUCGAGCGUCUGCUGUGGUUCAUGGCCUUCCAGACCGACAGCGCCGCCUCCGCCGACGAGCGACGCAAGCACGCCUGCGAAAACGUCAGCGACUGGCUGAACCAGCUCAAGACGCAGGGUGGGUUCCGCGUGCCUCAGGCUGUCGUUGAUGGCGCCAAGGCCGACUUCGAGAGCGAGCGUGUCAGCAACGACCAGACCAUCGCCCAGAUUCGCGCCACCUACUCCUCGUCCUUCCCCGCCAACCUGACCCCCGGCAGCGCCACCAGCUCCAAGACCGGCGGCUACAUCCUCGACCCCCACUCCGCCGUCGGCGUCGGCGCCUCCCUGCGCUCCAUCGACCGCAACCCCGACAUCCACCACAUCUCCCUCUCCACGGCUCACCCGGCCAAGUUCGCCAGCUCUGUCGACACGGCCCUACGCGAAGCGGACGGCUACGACUUCAGCGAGGUCCUGCCGAAGGAGUUCGUCGGUCUGGAGCAGAAGGAGAGCCGGACCACUCCCGUCCCCGCCGGUGCUGGCUGGCAGGGCGUGCGCGAGCUGGUGAAGGCGGAAGUCGAGAAGGAGCUGCAGUGAGGAACUAAUAAUCUCUCUCUUACUAUUUCACUUCUACAUACAAAUACACAUUAUGCAUACAUGGAUAGAGGCUGGAUUGCUUUGUUGUGAAUACCUGGGACUUUUUCAUGUUGACGAAAAGAUUAUGUGAAGAUAUUUUUUUGUUGUUUCUCAAAAACUCCCUUGUUG